AUGGCACGCAGCCCUCGGCACACCUCUGCAUGGAUGGUGCAGACAGAUGCCUCCCUCUCCAGCAUGAAGCGCCUCACCUCUGUGCUCCGGGCCGCCCUGGCCCUCGGCCUGCUCUUUGCCUCCUUCCACUUGGCUUGCUUGGCAGAAGCGAGGAACAGUGACAACUCAACCCUGACCACCCAUCACCCAGACCCUGGAACCCUGGAGCAGUGCCCCAACGUGGACUUCUGUCCCCAAGCGGCUCGCUGCUGCCACCCCGGCGUGGAUGAGUAUGGCUGGAUCGCCGCGGCAGUCGGAUGGAGCUUGUGGUUCCUCACCCUCAUCCUGCUCUGUGUGGACAAGCUGCUGAAGCUCAGCCCGGAGGAGCCCAAGGAUCUGCAAGCCUGAGGCCCCAGGGCAGCGGCCCCAGGGUGUCAGUGGCCACCCAACCCCAGGGAAUCAUUUCACCUUUGGGGGAGGUGUCAGUUUUCUAAGUAGGGAAUGUCAGAAUUGGACACAUCAGUGGUUACAAACUCCACUACAAAAGCCUAGAAGGCCAGCUGGGGUGCUGCAGGGAAGGGGUGGGCAUGAGGCCCAUCCUUGUGACCACAGCAGCAUGGCUUCUAUAUACCACUUCUAUAUACCAGACCUCUGCAGUAAGAUUCCAUUUGCUCCCUUUUUAUUAUUAUUAUUAUUUUAUUUAGAGAGAGAGUGCCAGCGGGGGGUGAGGGGGGGCAGAGGGAGAGAGAAUCUCAAGCAGACUCCCCGCUGAGCAUGGAGCCUGAUUUGAGGCUCCAUCUCUCAGCCUUGAGGUCAUGACCUACCUGAGCUGAAAUCAGGGGGGAGGGGUGGGGAGCGGUGCCCACGUGCCCAUGCGGUUUCGGCCACCUCUGAGUUGUCCCUUCUGUGCAGCGAUGGUGUUGAGAAGAGACGCGAGAUGGAAAGGAGGGUCUGAGGGAGCAGGGCCAGGGCUGCCCCACACCCAAGUCCACGAGGGUCCUCCUCUUGGGCGCUGACAAUCAAUCCCCUAUCUCGGUGUGUGAGGCCUGCUUCCCUGCUGCGCCCCAAGGCAGGUGCCCAAGAAACACCUGGCUUUGGCUUUUGUCCGCAGGCUCUUUGCUCCUAAGCUCAGAACCCUCUCACCUGUCCCCCAUCCCUCACCCCAGCCAAGGGCUUCCCUGGCAUCUCAAAAAGGAGUCGCCUUCAUCCUCACCUGCCACCCCUCGCCCGGGAGCAUCGCUUCUCUCGCCCCUGUUCCCUGUCCAGCAUCCUCCUCCGUGGCCGCCCUGCCCGACGGUACCCAACCCGGCACCUGGUCCAGACCCUCCUACAUCGCCCCCCCCCCCGCCCCGCCUGCUGUCCCCAGGACGCCCACUGCCUUCCCAGGGACAAGGGCUGCGCUCCAGGGACCCAGUCCCGUCCCACGUCUUCCACCGCCCGCCGCCUUCCAGCUCCGCCUGCACACUGCAGGCCAUGCCUCAAAGUCCAGCCCCAGGGCCUAUUCUACUCACAGCCUUCCCAGACAGCCUUGGGGGCCCCGCGGCUGGUGCUUUUAGGGGUGCUUCUGCUCCCUCCUGAAGCGCAGCCUUCAUGAACAUACAUACCGUCAGUGUGUUUCCUCUUGCUCCUGGGGAUGGAGAGCUCCUGGCGAUGUUCAUCGCACAAAUGAAUGCAUGAACUAACAGACGAGGCCUGGCCCUGGAUGUACUUAUGAGUAUCGUUCAGCAUACAGAGCUUCCAUUUUAGGGGCGCCUGUGGGGGGCUCCAUGGGUUGAGCAUCUGCAUUUAACUCAUGUCAUGAUCCCCGGGUUCUGGGAUGGAGGCCCUCAUCCACGGUCCCUGCUCAGCGGGGAGUCUGCUUCUCCCUCUGCCUCUGCCUGCUGCUCCCCCUGCUUGUGCACUCUGUCAAAUAAAUAAAAUUCAAAAAAAAAGGAAGAAGAAGAAAGAAGAAGAAGAAGAAGAAGAACUACUUCCAUUUUUCUAUAAAUGGUUGAAAUAACCAGUCUCCACAGAAGCCAGCUGGUUUGGCUCCUGCUCAUCCUGCACACGGAUGUUGCUGGUCGCCCUGAACAUGGCCAGGAGGGUCAGGUGGAGGGGAAGUGGAUUCAUCUGAAGGAAGAAAGGACAAAAUGACUCUCCUUACGAGAUCAUUGCUGCCCUUUGUGAGGAAACAUGGAUUUAGGUUGGACAACCAAAUAAACAUAACACAAGAAAAGAGGCCCCUGAAGUAGGAAGAAGUGUUUCCUAGAGAUGGCAGGUGAUUCAGAGCUGCCACAGGUUUUUGUUUUGUUUAUUCAUGAGAGACCCAGAGAGAGAGAGGCAGAGACACAGGCAGAGGGAGAAGCAGACUCCAUGCAGGGAGCCCGAUGUGGGACUCGACCCCAGGACCCCAGGAUCACGCCCUGGGCCAAAGGUGGCACUAAACCACCGAGCCACCAGGGCUGCCCUACUGCCACUGGCUCUUCCAGAAAAUCUACCUAUGUUUCCCAAUGAGAACUGAAGGCAGUGCCUGGCUCAGUCUGUUGUUUCCUCAAUCUCCAUUGUUUAAUCAAGAAAAUGGGUAGAUUUACUGUGCCCCCAUGUUAAGCAAUCGUGUGAACAAGUGUCUGCGUGACGCCCCAUGUGAUGCUACGAUCACACAUAACUUAGUGUUUCGCUUUUUUUUAAACACCAAGGAAAGAGUUUCCACAAUAUGUGAUGGUCGAACUCCUUAGAGAUGGAAAGAUUCAGUAAGGACCCUCUUGGAUUUAACAUGUGCAAGCAUUUUUGAAAUAAAACAGUGUGACCUCG